CGAGCCUCCCCUUGUGUCAGUCACCAUGGUGGCAUACAACAGAAAGCUGUGGCGGCGGACUCAUCUUUACUUUUAAAUCUAUCAAAAUGCUUUUGUAAGGAUUGUUUCUGUCGGAUAUGUAUAGCAUUACAUUCAAAAAUGGACAACUGCUUGUUAUAAGAAUAGCGUACACUUUUUCCUUUGAAUGUAAUUUCAUAGAUUUUUUUUGUCAACAGCAAAAUGCUGAAGAUACAAGGACUGGAUAUCGGUGUCGGAACAGUUUGACCGCAAACGACUUCCAAUCACCAGGCAUCUGCUGUGACUUGUAAAAGGAUUCUUCGAGCCGCGCCUUAUAAGUUUCCUUCUGUUGGGACCGGUGGCAGCCCUCCAGAAUAAUCGGUUUGGGGACAGAAGGAAACCCCGAGGCUCACGCUGUGGCCUGGCUUGGGGAGUUCGUAUCCACCUCUAUUAGCGUGUGCUGAACAUAUGAGAAGUGGGAACAAAUACUACCCCUCUCUCUGUGGAACCUCCACCGUGGAUAUUUGCAAUUGGUCAAAGGAAUAAGCAAUUCAACAGUUUUUUUUAACUCGUCUUCAACACAAUGGCGUCUUAUGUGGAUAACAGCUUCCGCCAGGCUGUGAUGAUGAAUCCAGCAGAAAGAACGCAACAGGACCUGGAGAUCGUCUACUCGUACCUGCACGGUAUGGAGGCUCUGUCCAACCUCCGAGAACACCAGCUGAGGAUCAUGUGUGAGACGGUACGCUACGAGAGACAUGAAGCCAAUGAAGUGCUCUACUAUCCUGAUGAUGUAGGCAGCUGCUGGUACAUCCUGCUGUCUGGAUCGGUCUUCAUCAAGGAGUCCAUGUUCCUCCCCAGGAGCAGUUUUGGAAAGCGAUCCGCAGGGAGCCUGAGACGUGGUUGUGAGUGCAUCGUUCUGGAACCUUCCGAGAUGAUCGUGAGUAUGUGUGACCAUGCAGUCGUCCAGGUGUACAUGCUGCACCAGGGGAACAUGUACGUACUGGAGACAUGGCUGUGUGUUAACAGCACGGCCAUGACCACAGGUAUCUGGCUGUGGUUUCUCCUGCUGGGAGACUUUUGA